UUUCGAAGUGUGACAUGUGACGUCACAUCAAACCUUUACAUUCUAGAUUGCUCACCUGGUGCAAUCAACGCGUAAAUUCUGUAAAUUUUGUUACUAAUUUAAGCAGUAAAGUGAGAAGGCGCAUUAGUGCAUCAACUUUAAAGCGAUAAAAUGACGAAGCAUUGGCGUUUAAGAAAUGACGCCCGAAACGUGUCUAAAAUCAUGCCACAUGACGAAUUCUUAAAGCGAAUUCAGAAAACACUGUACUCGUCGUCGAUGUCAAAGUGUCAAAUUUCAAGGCCACUGUCUGUUUAUGCAUCGGAUGUGUUUAAUAAUGAACAUCGUGGCUAUUCUUUGAAUCGUCUGAACUAUACGACCGUUGGGAAUCUGCAAUAUGCAACGCCUUGUUCGCUGUUGCUUUCUAUGAUUUAUCUGGAUCGAUUGCGUGAUAGUGACCCAAUGUAUUCGAAACGAAUAACGCCUACGGAACUGUUUUUAGUGUCAAUGAUGGUAUCAACGAAAUUCUACUGCGGAUACGAUGAAGAUGUAUAUCUGGGUGACUGGGCAGACUGGGGUGAAAUCAGCCUAGAUCAUUUGAAACAACUGGAAAUUCAAUUUUUAUGUGCAAUUAACUGGAAUCUGUUUGUGUCAAACAAGGAAUUCUUCGAAAAACUGAAAUUUGUAGAAAUCGAAAUUGCGAAGCGGCAAGGACUCGAACGUGGUUGGUUAACCUAUACGGAAUUAUCAAACCUAAUGCCUUCGUUAGCGAUAGCCAAAGCCUUUCUGCAACAUGCAACAAUAUUUGCCGUUAGUUAUGCGGCUAGCGUUGUUACAAUAGCUGGAGCAUUUUUCUUAGCAAGCAAAGUACCUGGAACAGCCUUAUAUAGCUUAUCGAAAUCGGACGUUGCUGUCAACGACCGAGUUAUUAUUAACGAAACGACACACCGAACACACUUGUUGAAUGACAACGAUAUUGACGGUGAUUGCUGUGAAAUGGAUGAUGCAUUGUUUGAAAGACUGAACGACAAUUUAAUGGAUAAUGCAACCGUACCGGAGCAACAGUCUGCUCAGAAUAAAACGACUUUCCUGGUUCCGGAUGUUGUUAACAUUUCUAAAGUUAAUCUAGUUCCGAAUUCCUAUGUGGGCUUUCCAAGUGGUGUCAAUUUACGCAGCUUAUUGGAUGGCAAUGGAAAUAAGUGGAACGAGACCGAUUAUAUUGAUCACAUCAGUCAUGUACCCGACGAAAGUUUAUGCAAAAAUUUCGGUAACUUAGUUACUUGGAUGAAGUUAAUUUGAGUUGAGACACCGCUUCCAUUCAACCUUAUCUACAGACUUAACGAUAACUUAUUUUAAUUUUUAUUUUUUUGGGUUAUUAUCGUAAAAAACCCUAAAGUUAUAGACCGAAAACCUAAGCGAAUAUCAGUCCCUCACAAUGCGGCCAACGAUUUGAGAAACAUGUGUCAUAUUAUUGCUCUAUUAACCAACACUAAAACAUUUGUUCAACGACUAACGAAGGCUAGUGUAUGUCUAAGCCGUCACACAUCGUUAAAAUUUGACAUUGAUUGCAAAAUGAAGGUGUUUGUGCCGAAUGAAGAAUGGAAUUUAUCAAUAAGAUUUUGUGAUGAUAGAUCUGUCGUGUCAGACUAGUUUUAAAUUUUCGAAUAAACAAUUUGUCACGACACAUCUUUCAGGAAAAAAUUUAUAUUUCAUUCGUCAUUCGGCGUACAGAGCUCAUAACAGCCGUAGCAUAAAUGAUAUCGAGUAGUAGAAUGAUAUAGGUUUCAAACCAUGGUGACCUUAUGAGGGACUGAUAUGCGGACAGGCUUUGGGUCUAUUAAUAUGACCUAAGUUUACUAAAAAAAAAAAUCAAAAACAAAAAUUUGUAUCUAAAUGAACUCCGUUCAUACAAACCGCUUCUAGCCUCGGAUUGGCUACAGUGGGCGAUCGGGCGGAUCGAAGAACCAUUAGCUUUUUUACAUUCAGCAUACAGCUCGGGCCAGCAAAAAUAUUUUGGUUGUCGCUGCAGAGAUCGAUCGAUGGGUCAUGAUCAUGGUCAUAAAAUAUUGGGAAAUGACUGUUGUGUUCGGUGACACUACUUAAUCAAAUUCAAGUUACUUCGGUGUUUUUGCAAAGAACUGUUCCAGUGACACCGAAAUCAUCGUUUAGAAUUUUUAAGAAAAAAGUAGACAGGAAAAGUCUAGCGAAAAGUUAUAAAUAGUUUCCAUUGUGAUCAUUGUUUCCUUGAAACUGAGAAUAUUCCCCAUUGAUAUUUAAUUUUGCGCAUUAACAUUACCUUUGUACGAAUAAAACAGAAGAAAAUAAAACGGAAAAUUCAUUUGAAAA